UCAUGGGAGGGUUGUACACAUAUGUACAUUCCAGCGUGCAUCAAUAAACAUUAUGUUACGCUAGAGAUCGUUUUUGCUGACUCGACUAUAUAUGUGUACGACCCAGAUCAUUCAUGUUUGAUACAAGGCCAAUUGGAGCAAAAUCUGGAGUCCAUGGCUAUCAUUGUUCCUAUGAUGGCCAGACGAGCGGGGAUAAAUGUACAUGACAGAUUGCGGAUCGUUCGGAACACGACUACAGCGCGACAGUCCGUAAGCGGCGACUGUGGCAUAUUUGUCAUUAAGUACGUUGAAUUUUUAAGUAUAGGACAUAAGGUUGAUGAAAUCAACCAGUCGUGGAUACAGAACUGGAGAAAGAAGCUAGCAUGUGAUUUGUUCGAAUUUAAUGCUGACCCAUAAAUUUCAGUUAUACAUAUGUAACAUUUCAAUUGUAAAUUUAAUUAUUUUUGUAAUUAUGAAAUAAUU